CGGACGGCUGCGGGGCCGGCGCCGGGUGGCGGCGCUGAGGGGUCGCUGAGAGGAGCUCGGCGGCGUCUGUUGGAGCCGUUCCCUCGGUGGGCCGCCGGCGAGGGCAUGAGCGCGGACUGCCUGUGCCUCCGGAGCGGCGGCGGCGGCGGCGGCGGGAGCGGCGAGGGGAGGGGGCGCCGCGCAGAGGCCACCGUCCAGGGCAGCGCCGGGGGACAGCAGGGCAGGAGAUGUGCCUGUCCUUAGCGGUACAGGAAGCAGCAUGCACCCCGAUGCCACCGACAGCAGCGGCGCCGGCCUCAGCCUCGUGCCGGCAGCGGCCACCGGCGGCCGCCCAGCCCCGGGCGCCCGGGAAGACGCGGCGGCGCCGGGGAGCCCUGGCGGCUGGAGCUGGCGAGUGUCAGUGGCGGUGGCCGCACUCGCCGCCGUGUGCCUCUCCUGCCUGGGGCCCGGUUGCUGGCAGGCGGCCGGAGGCGCGGGGCCGUGCACCGUCCUGCUCCGGCUCAGCCUGUACCUGGGCUGCGCCGCGGCCGCCUUCCUCUUGGGAACUCUGUUCUCCCUCGUCUGCCGGAGCCGGCGAGCCCCGCCGCCCGACUUCGUCGCCACCUGGAGACGGCUGGCCGCGGCCGCCCGCCGCGGGCCGGGGAGUCCUGUAUAUGGAAACUCACAUGAGUCAGUUCAGUCUAGAAGGGUAGUGAUUUCUCACAAUAUGGACAAAGCUCUAAAAGAAGUGUUUGACUACAGUUACAGAGAUUACAUUCUGUCCUGGUAUGGAAAUCUCAGCAGAGACGAGGGGCAGCUUUACCAUCUGCUCUUGGAAGACUUUUGGGAGAUUGCCAGGCAACUGCGCCACAGACUGAGCCACGUGGAUGUGGUUAAAGUCGUCUGCAAUGAUGUUGUAAGAACUUUACUCGCUCAUUUCUGUGACCUGAAAGCUGCAAAUGCCAGACAUGAAGAACAACCAAGGCCUUUUGUGCUGCAUGUGUCCCUGAGGAACUCGUAUGAUGAAGUGAGGUUCCUACAAAUGUGUUCUCGGGUUCUAGUGUUUUGUCUCCUCCCCUCGAAGGAUGUCCAGUCUCUCAGCUUACGUAUAAUGCUUGCAGAAAUUCUCACAACAAAAGUCUUGAAGCCGGUAGUGGAGUUACUUAGUAAUCCAGAUUACAUCAACCAGAUGCUGCUUGCCCAGCUGGAGCGCAGAGAACAGAUGAAUGAACAUCACAAGAGAGCCUACACCUAUGCUCCUUCUUAUGAAGAGUUCAUCAAGCUUAUUAACGGCAACUCUGAUGUUGAAUUCUUGAAGCAACUAAGGUAUCAAAUUGUAGUGGAAAUAAUCCAAGCAACUACAAUUAGCAGCUUUCCCCAGCUGAAGAGGCACAAGGGUAAAGAAACUGCUGCAAUGAAAGCUGAUCUCCUAAGGGCCAGGAAUAUGAAAAGGUACAUUAACCAACUGACUGUGGCUAAGAAGCAGUGUGAGAAGAGAAUCCGAAUCCUGGGAGGCCCUGCCUAUGACCAGCAAGAGGAUGGGGCCUUGGAUGAGGGAGAAGGGCCUCAAAGCCAGAAGAUUCUUCAGUUUGAAGAUAUUUUGGCCAAUAUGUUCUACCGAGAGCACUUUCGAAUGUACAUGGAAAGGAUGGACAAGAGAGCUCUGAUUAGUUUUUGGGAGUCGGUGGAAUAUCUGAAGAGUGCUAACAAGAAUGAAAUCCCGCAAUUAGUUGGUGAAAUUUACCAGAAUUUCUUUGUGGAAAGCAAAGAAAUAUCUGUGGAAAAAUCACUCUACAAAGAAAUCCAGCAGUGUCUUGUAGGAAAUAAAGGUAUUGAAGUGUUCUGCAAAAUCCAGGGCGAUGUUUAUGAGACCCUAAAGGAUAGGUAUUACCCUUCAUUUAUUGUCAGUGACCUGUAUGAGAAAUUGAUGAUAAAAGAGGAAGAAAAACAUGGCUCGCACUUGAUUUCCGGCAAGGAUGAAAUGGACCCAGGAGGUGAGGCUGGUGAGGAAGCUGUAGAUGAAGGCACCAGUCGAAUUCAUGAACAAGCCAGUUUUGCUGUAAACAAACUACGAGAACUAAAUGAGAAACUUGAAUAUAAAAGGCAAGCUCUAAAUUCUAUUCAAAAUGCACCAAAACCUGACAAGAAGAUUGUUUUCAAGUUGAAGGAGGAAAUAAUUCUAAUAGAGAAAGAACGCACGGACCUACAGCUGCACAUGGCAAGAACAGAUUGGUGGUGUGAGAACCUCGGAAUGUGGAAAGCCUCCAUCACCAGUGGAGAGGUUACAGAAGAGAAUGGUGAGCAAAUGCCCUGUUACUUUGUCAUGGUAAGCUUACAAGAAGUUGGCGGAGUUGAAACUAAGAACUGGACCGUCCCUAGAAGGCUCAGUGAGUUUCAGAAUUUACACCGGAAACUUAGUGAGUGUUUCCCUUCUUUAAAAAAAGUCCAGUUGCCUUCUCUUAGCAAGCUGCCUUUCAAAUCUAUAGAUCACAAGUUUAUGGAAAAGUCAAAGAAUCAAUUAAAUAAGUUUUUACAGAAUCUGCUUUCAGAUGAAAGACUGUGUCAGAGUGAAGCACUUUAUGCCUUUUUGAGCCCUUCUCCUGACUACCUCAAGGUUAUUGAUGUGCAGGGGAAAAAAUCCACUUUUUCAUUAUCCUCAUUUUUGGAAAGACUUCCUCGCGACUUCUUCUCACAUCAAGAGGAGGAGACAGAGGAGGACAGUGACCUGUCAGAUUAUGGUGAUGAUGUGGAUGGGAGGAAAGAUGCCUUGGCUGAGCCAUGUUUCAUGUUGAUUGGGGAGAUCUUUGAACUUCGAGGAAUGUUUAAAUGGGUGAGAAGAACAUUAAUUGCUCUCGUUCAGGUCACUUUUGGAAGAACCAUCAACAAACAAAUCCGGGACACCGUGAACUGGAUUUUCAGCGAGCAAAUGUUGGUUUACUACAUCAACGUUUUCCGGGAUGCUUUUUGGCCACAUGGGAAAUUGGCACCUCCAACCACAAUCAGAAGCGAAGAACAAAGUCAGGAAACAAAACAGAGAGCACAGCAGAAGCUGCUUGAAAACAUUCCAGAUACGCUUCAGAGCCUCGUUGGACAGCAAAAUGCCCGGCAUGGUAUAAUAAAAAUCUUCAACGCACUGCAGGAAACAAGAGCCAAUAAGCAUCUGUUAUUUGUGCUGAUGGAAUUGCUGCUAAUUGAGCUGUGUCCUGAGCUGAGAAGUCAUUUAGAUCAGCUGAAAGCUGGCCAAGUCUGAGACUGCACAAACAAACCACCAGAGAAAUGUCUGUGUAACAAUAGACAUGAAAUAUUUUCCUCUUUUCCGCAGAGGGCUUGAUUGAGAACCAUAUUGAUUUUUAUGUUAGUUACCUCCCUCUAGUUUCGUGGGAAGUGAGCGGAAUUGGUUGGGGAGGGAGAACUUGAUGCUGUCACAGGUAACAGAAAAACACACUUCUGUUAAUUAUUUUUAUUUUAAUAAUAAUAUAAGUUCAACACACUGAUUGAAAUACAGAUGUUAAUAUGUGAUAAGAACUUAGGAAAUAUUUUAAAUAUUUAUGAAAACUUUUGUUUUAAAAUGAAGAACUAUGAAUACUGUACAGUUACUUUCCUCACUGAGGACUCUGAACAUUCCUCUAUUAUUUCAUGUGUAUUGAAGAACAUUGUUGUGCAAUGCUUUGUGUAAAGUUCUUGUGAAAAUUUUUUUGUCUUUAUUUUUACCAAAGAUUUCCCAUAGUUUGAAGCAUUUGAAGCAAUAAAAUAUAAAAAUGAA